UGACGUUUGUCAUAUGUCAUUUUGUAUGGAAAUGGACAGUUGUGUUUGGCACAGAAACGUAUUGUGUUUGUGAGCGCAAGGGACGAUACGCAGCGGAAUCCAGUUACGCGGCGAUUUACAAUUUGGAGCAAAAGCAAUCUUCAAACUAGCAUCGAAGCAGUGCGAACUGCGUCAUCGAACGCCGGAAUAAGUUGACGGUGUGUAAGCAUUUUCUUCUGCAUUCAUCGCCGCAUAAACAAACGCGUCCCUGAGCAACAAUGGUGGCGUCGAAAAAAUCGUUCAAGAUAGGCGACUUGGUGUUCGCCAAAGUCAAAGGCUACCCGCCUUGGCCUGCCAAGAUCAUGAGGAUUGACAAGACCAAAUACAAUGUCUACUUCUACGGAACAGGCGAAACCGCCAACAUCAAAGUGGAAGACCUGUUCCCAUACGAAGCGUCGAAGGAAAAGUUUGCCACCGAGAAAAUUAUGAAACGUAAGGGUUUCAAGGAAGCCAUGGAACAGAUAGAAUCUGCGCUGAGCGGAGAAGAUCCGAGCCCCCUCUCAUUUGAUGUAGCCGCCGUACAGUCGGGUGUCGAUGAGCUGGCGGCACAGGAGCUGUCAAUGAACACAUCCGAACAGGUAUCAUUUGGCGAUUCUCUCGUUUCCUCAAACUCUACCAUGCUCGAUGUGACGGUAAAUAUGAAAAGCAAUGACUCGAUGUACCAACCGGACAAAACUGUUACUCUACAAGCGCCCAACAAGUCGAUACGGGACGGAAAGUCGAUUGCAACCCCGAAGCCUAGCAAAAAGGUGGUCGGAUCGGUUGUUGCUACGAGUUCUCCCACGUUAAUGGCCACAGGAAAUGGUGCACAAAAACUAGUGUCUGUAGAGUCGUCCCCCAAAUACCAGCCGCCGUUGCAGGACAGUAUGGAGAAUCAGGAUGCUGAUUCAAAAGAGCUCGUCGUCAGCAGAAGUGGACGCAAGAUUAAGAUGAAGAGAUUCCUUGAUGGCGACGAGGAAGAUGGAGUCCUAACAGGACCACCAGCGAAGAAGAAAACGUUGAUUUCUUCUUUACCGAAGGAAAAAAAGGUUUCAGCUAACAAGCAGCAGAUACUGGGGAAAAAGUUGGACUCCUUCGAUAAAGGAUCAAUUCACGAUGAGCGAAUGUACUUGUUGAGUCUGGAGAAAGAGUUCGCCGAUCUUAAUAUGGAAAUCAAAGCUUCGGUAAAAUUGGCUAGCGCAGACCCGGAACGGUGCUACAAGCUGAUGGAAGAAUAUGAAAAGCUAAAGGUAACGAAGACCAUGCUGAAAAAGAAUCCCAACUGCGUGGAGACUAUGAAGAGGUUACGGAAAUAUGUCGGUAACGCAAAGGCGUGGAAAAUGAACGAGGAACAAAAGUUGGAGUUUGAUAUUCAAGCUAAGCAGAUCCGGCAGAAGGCGGACCAAAUUUAUAAUCAGUUCAAGGCCAUUUGCCAAGCCCCAGAAAACACUGGUCCCUUUUGGGAAUGGUUUAACAAGGAGGUGGAAAAAUUCGAAAAAGCUACGUGUCAUCUUUCAACGAAAGAGGUGUAUAUGAUCGUGGACGAAUCAGACAUUCCUCCCAUUGGCGAUCUCGCCAAUGAAAGCCAACUAUCGAAGAAGGAACACAUUGACGGCGAACUGGAAGCAGUUAAGGGGGAGCAUUGGAAGCAAAAUGAUACAACCAUGGACAGUAGCACUGUAGUUGACGAAAGCGCGGCGAAUGUUAGCAACUAAUGGAAGAACACGAAAGUAACAGACAAAAUUAUAUCGAGAACUCUACUCGGUGUAAGAUACAAUAGUCAUUAAAAGACUAACGAGUGAAUUAGUUUUUUUCGGUGCGUUGAAGUGUAAAUCGAUUUAUGAUUUUUUUUGUAACUUUAACAGAUUGCAACUCUGUUUUUGUGGCUACAAAGCUGUAGUGAACGAUUCUUUCUACUCUCAAUAAGAAUCAAUAUUAUGUAGUUUCUCUAUUUCUACAUAAAGGACCUACAUAUUCUACUAUUAUUUUCUGAAUCAUUUAAAUAUCUAUUUUUUUUUGCAACUGCACCUUUCAGUACAGUUUUUAAAUUUGUUAGCAUAAGAUUCUGAAAGUGACUGAAAUUAAACGACCGUACGGCGGCAAAACAUCCGAAAGCAUAUUACCUACGAUUUCAAGAUCUGCCCCGAAACUGUGCCGCCAAAUGUGAAGAUCGGGUGAAGAGUUUAUACAACAUACUGGCGCGAGGGUAUACCGAAAGACGCCGGUUAUUGUAGCGUUUGCCCUGUCAGAUGUGCGAAACAUAGGGUCGUAAAUCAAGCAUGUCGCUUACACUUAUUUCUCUCAAACAAUAAACUGCAAUCACUAGCGAUGUUUCGCGUGUA